AAAAAUAUUAAUCAUCACACAGGGGUAAGAUAGCUAUUGGAAAUUUGAAAACCUCAAAACCAAAAGCUGGUGUAAUUUUCAACCGUCCAAGCUAUAGCAACAUUCACCCAAGGGAGCCACCAAUCUCAUCCAUAUAUGGUCCAUAUUCAAAACAAUAAGAUAAACCAAUGGCCAUGCAUGCAUAUGCCACCACCUUCAAUAAUGUCAAUGUCCCCAUCAUCAAACUUACAGAAUCACCCCCAGAAUUUCACUCUAUUCCCACUACCACCAUCCCUCUUUGUCCUCCGUCUCUACUUCUCUAUAUAUACACCCUAACCGAACCUUCCCUCUUCAUCGAUCCUAGUUCUUAUUUCUUAAACCAUAAAAAUAUGGGUUCCCUCACUCACAUUGUGGAAGACUGCAUGGGCGUUCUCCAACUCUUUAGCGACGGUUCCGUCCAUCGCUGCUCUUUGAAAGACAUAAACUUCCCGUUUCCAGCCGUUAACGACAACUCCGUGGACUUCAAAGACGUCGUUUUCGACAGAAAGCUCAACAUUUCCCUACGUGUGUACAGACCUAAAAGCCAUGCGUCCCCGACGCCCGCAAACCUUCCCGUGGUGUUUUACUUCCACGGGGGCGGUUUCUGCGUUGGCUCGCGGGUGUGGCCCAACUGCCACAACUGCUGCAUCCGCCUGGCAUCUGAGCUCAACGCGCUCGUCGUGGCGCCAGACUACCGGCUCGCCCCCGAGCACAAGCUCCCGGCAGCGGUGGAUGACGCGUUGACUGCGGUGGAGUGGCUGCAGAGGGAGGCUUUGAUGAGUGAGGGCAGUGGUGAUUGUGAUGCAUGGCUGGGUGGUGGUAUGGUUGAUUUUGACCGGGUUUAUGUGGUGGGCGACUCAUCAGGAGGUAAUAUGGCUCACCACGUGGCCGUACGGCUCGGAGCCGGGUCUGUCAAGGUGGCGCCGGUGCGGGUACGCGGAUAUGUGCUUUUGGCGCCAUUUUUUGGUGGAGUGGAGAGGACAAAGUCGGAGGAGGGUCCGUCGGAGACGUUUUUGAAUUUGGAGAUACUUGACAGAUUUUGGAGGCUGUCAUUGCCAAAAGGAGAAACCAGGGAUCAUCCAAUGGCCAACCCAUUUGGACCAAACAGCCCCAGCCUUGAGGAGGUGGAUCUUGAUCCCAUCUUGGUUAUUGCGGGUGGCAAUGAAAUGUUGAAAGAUAGAGUGGAGAUCUACUCGAGGAGACUGAAAGAGUUGGGAAAGAAGAUUGAGUAUGUGGAUUUUCAUGGACAACAACAUGGCUUUCUCACAAAUGAUCCAUACUCAGAAGUGGCAAAUGAAGCACUACAAGUUAUUAAGAGAUUUAUGAUUGAAAACUCCAACUAAAAAUAUCAUCAUCUUAAUUAUCGGUUCAGUUUCCACUUCAUUGAAUAUUUUGUUUCUUCCUUUUUGAGUGUUUGAGGUUUUGUAAGUUUGUAGUGUACAAGAACUUGAUUAGAGAUAUUGUUUGUCCUUGUGCACCUAUUAGUUCUGCGUUAAUUAGUCCUUCUGCACUUACUAGUUCUAUGGUGAUAGUCCUCUUGUAAUUUGGUCUGCCUUUGAAAAUCAGAGUAGUGAUCAUAUAUAUGUUUGGGGUUUUGAUCUAUAUCAUAAGGCAGACCCUUGGUAAACCA